CUUGAACUCACUGUGAGUCAGACAGCUCUGCCCUUCGGAGUCAGACAAGCCAAACACGAUGUUCACGUCAACACCUGAGACACAAAUGGAAACUACAACCUAUGAUUAUGAUUACGGUUCCUUACCGUCCCCAGAACCCAUGAGCACUAUCGACUCUCUGGGGUCUCAGCUCUCUAUCCUCUACUACUUCAUGUUCCUUUUCAGUCUCUUUGGAAAUGGGCUGGUCCUGGUCAUCAUCUAUCAGUUUGAGAAGCUGACCACAGUGACCAACAUCUUGCUUCUGAACAUGGUGGUGUCCUCCCUGAUCUUCAUGAGCAGCCUUCCCUUCGAGGCCCUCUACAACCAGCUCUCCGAAUGGAUCUUCGGGGAUGUCAUGUGCAGGAUUGUUGGUAGCGUCUACUAUCUGGGCUUCUACAGUUCGGUCUUCUUUCUUACUCUUUUGACCUUUGACCGACACCUUGCAGUUGUGUAUUCCCUGAACGCGGCACGAGUGAGGAAUCAAAGAUAUGCCGUCAUCUCAUGUGCUGCAAUUUGGGUGAUCAGCAGUUUGGCGUGCAUCAGGCCGAUGAUUCUCUACAAAACUUUCAAAUAUAUGAACACAACUCUCUGUCAGCAGUUCCCUUUGGAUGUAGAUUCUCUUAAUAUGGAGAUGUUGAGAACAUCUGGAUUUUACAUCCAGCUUUUGCUUUUCUUGAUCUUUCCUCUGUCUGUUAUUAUCUAUUGCUACGUUAGGAUUGCUAUCUCCGUCAUUUCGACCAAGAUAAUUACCAAGUUCAAAACUGUCAGGUUGAUAUUUUUCAUUGUCCUGUUUUUCUUUUCUUGCUGGACUCCAUACAACAUUGUAUGGUUGAUGUAUGAUCAAGCCGACGAUGAGACCGCGGAUAUCAUACAUAGUUAUCUUGAAAUCACACGUACCAUUGCCUACUUUUACUUUUGCAUCAGUCCUAUCUUUUACACAUUUGUUGGGAAAAAGUUUCAGAACCAUUUCAAACAGCUGCUGGUGAAACGUUUUCCUGGGUUAAAGAGGCAUGUUUCUGUCAGUCUACACAGCAGAAGCAAUGUGUCUACAAAAAGUACGCGAAACGAGGUUUAGGAAUGGCAAAACCUUUUGUUUCUAAGGACCAGCAAAUUAUUUUUAAAACAUUUACUGUUAUUGAUCUAUAUUUGUAUUUUGGUUAUCAAUUGUACUAUAUUCACUGUUCUCAAACCGUUGAAAUGGAUUUGUACAGUUGUGGUCAAUGGCCCGUUUAAGAAGCUCUGGUUUUCCUAUGUAUGUAAUGAUGGCAAAAAUACAAAAAAGGUCAAUGUAGCUUAGUUGAGCUACAGAAAAAAAAAGAAAAGAAAACAUCACACCCAUCCUCCCACAACAACAAUGUCUCACCACCCCUCCUUACUUCUGCUUUACUGGCCCUACAAAUUUAUCAAAAGUUGAAAUGGAUUUAUAGUUCUGUAAUACCUUAGAUGAUUUUAUCAUCUAAAAUGUAAAUAAAUACACAUUGUGGCUAUGGCUAUGCAGAAAUACCCCGUGGACAACUGUUAUUGGUCAACUUGGUCAAUUUCUGUUUUCUCCUACAAGUCUCCAUUUCCCGUACAGAUUAUUGAUAGUGAAGAGAACAUUGAAUACAUUCAACAAUGACCAUAUAAUGUAAUGGUAUGUUUCCAUGUAGUCUUUAGUGUUCAAGUCAAAAGCUGCCUGGUAGUAUAUUUGUAAUGAUUAUGUCCAUAUUUCAAUCUUAUGUUUAUUUUUAUCUUCAAUUAACUCGACAUGCCGUGUUUGGAGGAAGAGAAAUGCUGACUAUAACCCCAAGAACACCAUCCCCACCGUCAAGCAUGGAGGUGGAUACAUUAUGCUUUGGAGGUGUUUCUCUGCUAAGGGCACAGGACAACUUUCCUGCAUCAAGGAGAGGAUGUACGGGGCCAUGUACCAUAACAUCUUGGUUGAUAACCUCCUUCCCUCAGCCAGGACACUGAAAAUGGGUCAUGGAUGGGUCUUCCAUCAGGACAAUGACCCUUAACAUACGGCCAAGGCAACACAGGAGUGGCUAAAGAAAAAGCAAAUUUAGGUGAUGGAGUAGCCUAGCCAGUCUUCAGACCUUAAUCCCAUAGAAAAUCUGUGGAGGGAGCUGAAGCUUCGAGACGCCAAGCAUCAGCCUCAAAACCUUCAGGAUUUGGAGAGGAUCUUCA